AAUAAAAAAUAUUACAUGAAUAAUGAUUAUUCAAUUUAUAAUAAUAAUAAGUAAUAUAAUGUAAUAUAUAGACAAACGGAAAAAGAAGUGUGUAAAACAAAGAUAUUAUUUUAAAUAUUCUGGUAACGGAAAAAGAAAAAGUGUCAACCAUGAUGAGUUUAGUGGCGGGGGUGUUGUGUACCUAAGUAUUCGUUGCUCCAUAUUUUCCAUUUUGGCUGCCACCACCUUCCAAAUUCCUAUGAAAAACAAUAAAGUAAUGAUCUGAUGAGAUACUUUCAUAUUUAUUUCAGACAUGUUAUAAGAGUAAAAUAAUCAUAAAAUAAAUUUUUAUAUUUAAAAAAAAUAAAGUUAAAAGUAAAAAAAAAUAAUGAAUAUAAAAAAUUGAUGUAUAUUAAAGUAUCAUUUCUCAUACCAAUAUUUUAUCUUUAUCGACCUAUAGGAUCAAUUGGGGACAUCACAAGACAAAUUUUAUAUAUAAUAAUAUAAGUAUUCGAUCCGCAUGGUGAUCUCAGAAAGCAUCUUUAAAUAUGAACCUUUUGGACUCUUUUCUAUAUUCAAUGUUUAGUUUUGUUCUAAUUAAUAUAUAUUAAUAUAAUGCGACAUGUGGAAUGUUCUGAAGUUUGGCAGAUUGGCAGAACUUGGUUUCCAAGCUCAGGAUUUGACUACCUUGAUUCCUUCAAUUGCAUGUUCACAUUCUUAAUUCCUUCAAUUGCUCUAAUAAUUUCUUUCGUAUUAGCGUUUAAUAAUUUUAUACUACCACACUGCUCUAUAUACAAGUUGAUAGCUACCUUUUGUGACUAUUUUAUGCAGGAUUAGGUAUCUUCUAAUCGAGCUCAACAAAAUUAACUUUUGGACUUUGCCAUUCUAUAUAAUCAACACAUGUCAAAGCAUUACAGAGAAUAAAUCUGUUUUUCCCCUUUACUUUUAACGCAUUACCUUUAAUUUAAUAUCGAACACACCAUGCAAUAAUAAACCAAAUGGGAGACUUUGGUUGAAACCCAAUAACUAAUAAUAUGCAUAGUGCUUAGUUUUCUGUUCUUUUGACCAAUUUAAAGUUGAUGAGAACCAGAACACAUAAGGUCCAAAAUGGACCGCGCAUGGCUUUCUAUAUAUAUUAAGCUGGAGGAGCAGUGUCCACUCACAAAACCACAACUUCAAGUUAAACUUGACCUAGCCAUAAUGGCUUUGAAUUCACGUUGCAACGUGGUUUUCUUCUCUGUUUUGUUCUCUCUUCUUGCCAUAGCUUCUUCUCAGCUUUCUUCAGAUUUCUAUGCAACAUCAUGCCCCACUGCUCUCUCCACCAUCAAAUCUGCAGUGAAAAGUGCUGUUUCCAAAGAGCGUCGCAUGGGAGCAUCCUUGCUCCGGCUCCAUUUCCAUGACUGCUUUGUUAAUGGAUGUGAUGCAUCAGUUCUUCUAGAUGACACUUCGAGCUUCACGGGAGAGAAGUCAGCUGCUGCAAACGUGAAUUCUCUGAGAGGUUUUGAUGUAAUCGACGACAUCAAAAGUCAGUUGGAAAGUGCUUGUCCAGGAACUGUUUCCUGUGCAGAUAUUCUUGCUGUUGCUGCUCGUGAUUCUGUUGUAGCAUUGGGUGGUUCAUCAUGGACUGUUGGCUUAGGCAGAAGAGAUUCAACCACUGCAAGUAAAGAUGCUGCCACCACAGAUAUUCCAUCCCCUCAAUUGGAUCUGAGUGAUCUCAUAACAGCUUUUUCAAAUAAGGGGUUUACCACCAAAGAGAUGGUAGUUCUCUCAGGAGCUCACACAACAGGGCAAGCGAAAUGCCAGUUCUUCCGGGGUAGGAUUUAUAAUGAAAGCAACAUUGAUUCAGAUUUUGCAACAUCAACACAGUCAAAUUGCCCUAGCACUGAUGGUGACAGCAACCUGUCCCCACUUGAUGUGACCACCAAUGUGUUAUUUGACAAUGCUUAUUUCAAGAAUCUGGUGAACAAGAAAGGGCUUCUGCAUUCUGAUCAGCAACUCUUCAGUGGUGGUUCCACCGAUUCUCAGGUCACUACCUACAGCACAAGCUCUUCAACUUUCUAUGCAGACUUUUCUAGUGCCAUGGUCAAAAUGGGAAACCUCAGUCCUUUAACAGGAACCAGUGGCCAAAUCCGUACAAAUUGCCGCCUAGUUAACUGAAAAUGCAGAACUUUCGAUGAGCAUGAAUUGAGCAAAGCUAGCCACAGAAUUAUGCUCAUUCAGUCACAAUCUUUAUGUGUUAUGGUUUUUGUUUUAGGUGUGUGCGAGUCUUGUUAACAAUCAAAGAAUUUGAAUGUGUGUUUCAAGUUUACUUUUAGUUGUAGUUCUCCAUCAAUUGAAUACUUUAAAUAAAAAGUGUUAUAUAUAUUCUCAUGCCA